AUGAGCAAGCUGGACGAGGAGAACGCCAUGUUGCGAGCAUACCGGAAUGCAAGCCGCGAGCUAUUGAAGCAAGCUGACGAAGAGAGGCAGAGUCUACUCGCUCGAGUUCGUACGCUCGAGCUCGCGCUCAAGUCGGCCCUCGCUUCGUCGUCCAUCCCGCGGGCGUACUUGGAGACGACGACCAACUUGAGCAAUGCAUCGUAUUCGGGGAAAUGGGCAGAGACAGAGCUGGACUUCUCAGCUAUAGGCUUGCCGAUGAAAGAUGGGGAUGUUGGGCCGAUCGAGUCUGUUGCGUGGACCGAUGUCGAGUUUGGAGCAGGGUAUGCCGGCUCGGAACCGAAGAUGGCGCCGUGUGCCGAGUGUGCCUCGCGCGAAGAGCUCAUCAACGCGCUGCGCCAGCAGAUUGAGGCUAAGCUGCAUCGACCGGGAUGA